ACAUGCUCUGAGUGCGGGAAACGCUUCAGUCGGCGCUCAAAUCUUAUCACACAUCAGAGAAUCCACACUGGAGAGAAACCCUACAUGUGCUCAGAGUGCGGGAAAUGUUUCAAUCAAAGCUCUGCCCUUAUCACACAUCGGAGAAUCCACACAGGUGAGAAACCUUAUGGAUGUUCUGAGUGCGGGAAACGCUUCACUGAUAGUUCAGCCCUCAUAUCACAUCAGAGAAUCCACAUAGGGGAGAUGCCCUAUACAUGCUCUGAGUGCGGGAAGCGUUUCAAUUGGGGCUCACACCUUAUCACACACAGGAGAAUCCACACAGGUGAGAAACCUUAUGGAUGCUCUGAGUGCGGGAAACGCUUCACUGAUAGUUCAGCCCUCAUAUCACAUCAGAGAAUCCACACAGGGGAGAUGCCCUAUACAUGCUCUGAGUGCGGGAAGCGCUUCAAUUGGGGCUCACACCUUAUCACACACAGGAGAAUCCACACAGGUGAGAAACCUUAUGGAUGCUCUGAGUGUGGGAAAAGCUUCAGUCAGCACUCCCACCUUAUCACACAUUGUAGAAUCCAAACAGGAGAGAAGCCCUACACGUGCUCUGAGUGC